UGAGGCGAGUAGGGAACCGCUAUUCGGGCGAGAAGAGCUGAGCAGGAGCACGUUUCUUGCCCAUGCAAAGAGACCCAUGCCCCGCGGACACUCAUGGACGUCCACGCUCUGCGCCAACGCUCGGCUCUUUUGUGAAGAGGACGCAGGACGAGCCGGUCUACGAAGAGUUAAGAUUUGACAUCCUAACUGUUUUAUCUGAGCGGCUAGCAGGCUAGCUGGCUACAUGCACGGGGGGAGCCGCUACUUGCAACGAAGCAGAAGCUCGCGUGUUGUGAUCGAUGGGAACCAAGCCCAGUUGAAACUGCCUUUUGUUGUUAUUUCGUUGCCUUGAUGUGGUCCUGAUCACCCCACGCACCAACUUUGAAGAAUGAUCGCGUGAGAGCUUAGCGUCUGCUGAUAGUUCUUGCACAUUUAACCUGGAAAGAAAGAAAAGUCACUCAGGCUUGCUAGCUGAAAGUAGCCCGUCAACAGGAAUCUUGGUUGAACAUGACUCACCGGCCAGUUGCAGGGACUGCCAGCCUCGCCCCAGCUUGUGGCUCUAGACGCCAACCCGACACGCCAUGACGGAAAGGCGUUGAAGUCAACUCGCCGACAGCCAUCUGGAUAACGCUCCCGGCCGCCAAAGCCUUCGAGACCACACUUCUGUCCCGUCCCCACCAUGCUGCGCUUCCUCCCUCUCAAACUCGGCCGCGUGUACCGCUGUCUGAAGCUCCUGUUUGUGGUGGGACUGUUUGUCAUCUUGCUGAUGAACACCCACAACCUGUUCGCCUCGUUCCAAAAGAACGAGCUCACGGACCGUCGCUUCAUCAACCUCAACAAGUGUCCCGCCUGCUUCGGCACCAGCUGGUGUCGCAAAUUCAUGAACAGUCAGGUUUCCUUUGAGACGUGGGGGCGCCUGCGCUUCCUCGACAUCUUCAACGUCAAGAAUGUUUACUUUGCCCAAUACGGAGAGCCCAGGGAAGGCACGCGUCGCAUCGUGCUGAAGCGGCUGGGCUCCAACCAAGAGCUGGCCGAGAUAGACCAAAAGAUCUGUAAGAGGGCCACGGGCAGGCCUCGCUGCGAUCUCAUCCAGGCCAUGUACAAAACUGAAUUUGCUAGGAUCAAUGGCGACGUUCGUCUUCUUACUCCAGAGGUGGUAGAGGGCUGGUCAGACCUGGUACACUGCCCCUCUCAGCGUCUGCUGGACCGCGUGGUUCGACGCUACGCCGAGACCAAAGACUCUGGAAGCUUUCUCCUCAAGAACCUGAAGGACACGGAGAGAAUGCAGCUGCUCAUGACCUUGGCAUUCAACCCGGAACCACUUGUCCUGCAGAGUUUCCCGUCGGACGAAGGCUGGCCUUUCGCCAAGUACCUCGGGGCGUGCGGGCGCGUGGUGGCCGUCAACUACGUGGGCGAAGAGCUGUGGAGCUACUACCACGCACCCUGGGACAAGCGGGCGGACCUGGCCCGGCAGCUGAUGGACAUCGCCGAGCAGCUGACCAACAACGACUUUGAGUUCGCCCUCUACCUGCUCGACGUCAGCUUCGACAACUUUGCCGUCGGCCCCCGCGACGGAAAGGUCAUCGUGGUCGACGCCGAGAACGUCCUAGUGGCCGACAAGCGACUGAUCAAGCAGAACAAACCCGAGAACUACGACGUGUGGUACGAGAGCCGCUUUGAGGAGUGCGACCGAGAGGCCUGCCUGUCCUUCUCCAAGGACUCUCUAUGCUCCCGGGUAAUGGUGGACCACAACUACUACGCUGUGUGCCAGAACCUGCUGUCGCGCUAUGCCACCUGGCGCGGCACCACCGGGGGCCUCCUUCACGAUCCGCCCGCCCACAUAGCCAAAGACGGCCAGCUGGAGGCGCUGCUGGACGAGUGCACCAAGCCCAAGAAGCGAUACGGACGCUUCCAGGCGGCCAAAGAACUGCGCGAGUACCUCACGCGGCUCUCGGCCGCCUCCUCGCCCGCCAGGUAAUGGACAGAGUCGGCGUCGGUCCGACGCGCCCGCAGACUGGAUCCCGGGCGCCUCUGAACUCUUUGAGAUCCUUGAUGUCAUGAGCUCCCCUUUGCGCAGGAGCAGGACGGCGUCUACGGAAGAGCCUUCGGUUUCAUGGACUGCUUUACUGACUGGCUUUGCCGCCUGAAAAGAGGAGUCGGCUGCUAACGAGAUUCUGCUGGGGAGCGCAAUGCAUAGUGCGGGAUAGAAAUCAGGAGCAACCUUCUCGGAUGGUUGCACCAUUUGAAAAGGAAGGGGGCGGGCUCUGAGCGACACUUUGCUCGCAGGCUAAUGAAACAUGUGCGAUGAAGCGACGCUGACCUCACCCCCCCGGCCCCACCCACCACACGCUUCCCCCGUCUUGCCGCCUCAUUUCAUCAUCACGUUUCAUGACAACAUUGAAUCGAACACCUAUGUUUGCCGGGGGGAUCUUUCCUUUUUUAUCCCCGCUUUUUUUCAUGGCUGCAUUUAAAAUGCUGCAUUAACAUUUUUCCUGCACCACCGAUCUUGAUUUUAUUUUUUCCUCUCUGUAGCGUGCCACAGGGAAGGCAGAGGUAGCUUGAAUCUCUUGUCGUCAGGUGGAACCGAGAAGGCAGCUCAGAUAAGUCCGAAUAGCAUGCAGCUCCAAUCAAUCGCGUCGCUCGCAGGGUCUGUCCCCGUCGUGGUGGUGGCGGCGGCAAUCAUCGUCGUUUUCUCCGCUACCCCCCACCCCCCUUACCACCUUUUGUGAAUAGGAACCGGUGAGAACAACAGAUACUCUUAUAGGAAAAAGAAAGGAGAGAACUGCACAGUCCCGUGACGAUAAAACCAAAGAGGCUGAAGGUAAAAUAGAAAACUUGUUCCUCCACCGCAACCAUUUUUUUUUGUGGAUUAUUUUUAGUUUGGCAAAAUGUAACCACAAAUGCCCAUUCAAACCCGGCUGCUAACCAAAACAGCAGCAUCUCCUUCGCCCUUCACUGAAAAGCUCUGGGAAAGAAUACUUUUAAAUGUCUCGUUUCUCACCCCUCUCUAUGUUGUGAAUCGGACGUGGCCAGCAGGGUGUUUUGGAAAAGCAAUACGAAUAGGAAAGAAGAAGAAUUGUUUGGCUCCGGGCCUUUUUUUUUUUUUUUUAAACAUGCCUCUUCGUUGUGUCCGAUCAGUUUUCCUUGGUCCCGAAAAGUGACGUCAACGCCCCCCGCUUAGAGGAGUUUGUACAUGCGUGACUUAACUGUCCACUUUUGUACUGUCCGUUUCCUUUGGAGUAUUAUUAUAUCAGCGUUGUCUGAUUGUUCCUGUGCCUUUCAUUCAAAAGUUGUACUUGCAACUUUCAGUGGGUUUAAUUAUUGAAAUAAAAGAUAUAUAUCUAUAUAUCUAUAUAUAGAAAUAUACA